AUGAGGCCAUACACCCUGCAGUCAGUUUCUGCCCACGAGGUGGCGGCAGCAGAGGCUCCUGCUGCUUCUGCUUCUCAAAGGCUCACAAUAGAGGAUUUAGAGUUGUAUUUCGCCGGCAAAUCGGCCCAGUGCUGCUCGAGGGCAGCUGCGCAUGCAGCCCCCUCGAAUGCAAAGUCGACUGGGCUCCACGAGUACCUGUGGCGAGCAGAUGGAACCAUAGCCAAGCUUUCCAUUGCGAACAGUGCAACUUUGAGCACGUACAGUCUGCCGAACGGGGUGUCUGUACACCCCAGCUGUGGGUGCGUCUUUGCAACAGAUGGCGCCAAGUCUGCCGCUGAUGUUGCCUUUGUGCUUGCUGGUGGAUUGCCGAAUGAAAUUGUGGCUGUGAAACAGCGAUCCAGCAGUCGGAGCAGUACGAAUGCUGCGGCUUCGCUGCCGACUGCGUCAACUGCAGCAUUCAAAGUUUCGGCUCGUGCUCAGGUGGGAGACCGUCUGGCGCUCUUGCUGCCCGUGCAGCAUGGAAAAGCUGCAGUUUUGGCGAUCAGCUGGACGUAUGCGAAGAGGGAUUCAAGCAGCAACAACGGUGCUCGUUCUGGGAAGCAGCUGUCUCUUCUUUGCAGUGUGCUGGAUCCGUGCACCCUCGAGACCUUUUCAAGCGGCCACCUGUUCCUGCCCGCCGCAGCUGCUCUUGCCACUGCUGCCGAUUCGCUGCAGCUGGAAGCAGCAGUGCUGCAGGAGGGAUUGCCAGAGGAGGCUGUAGGAGGUGCAGCGCGGUGCACGCGCGUGCUGCUCGUCGCAGCGAGCGAGGAAGUUGGGGCUUUUUAUUCUUUCGUGGACGUUCAGGAAGCAGCAGCGCAAAGCAGCAGCGACAGCGAAGACGAGGCAGAAGGUUCUGCGUCGUCUAAGGGGUGGCAGCUGCUACCGAUGCAUGGGGAUGCACUGCAGCAGCUAAACAUGGGGAGCCACAAACCGCGUCUUAUCAGCUGUAGUCCAUCAGCGGCACCUGGGCAGCCGAGCCUGCUGGUGGAAUGUGUCGAAGGAGAGCUCCUGCUGUUUCGUGCGGAGAAGAGCGCCAAGGGUCACAUGCGCUGUGUGAAGCGCUCGAGGCGUAUUCUGCCUCUUUCUCCGGCAGCGGCAGCAGCUGCGGGAGGCGCAGUUCUGUUGCCUUUUGCAUGCUGUUUGGAGUGGACAGCAGCUGCUGCUCCAGAGACAGAGACAGCAACGAAGACAGGCGCGGAGAAAGGCAGUGUUUCAUGCUGCAGGUUUCUGCUGCGAGACCUCCGGUGGUUGUCUCCCUUCGGCCCCACAUACUCCGUGCAGCUCGCCACACCAGCUGUCUUUUCGGUGCGUUCACUGCUGCGCUGUGGACAGCAGCAGCUGCUGCAGGCGCUUCCACUGCUAUGGGACUGCGAGGGAAAGUCAUUUGUGACGAGGUGCCCCUUAGCCACGCCGUCUGCAGCCAGCGCUGUUGGUUCUUACACCGUAGCCGGGCUAUUACCCUUAAGAGCUGGUGUCGCACUGCAACAGUUGCAGCAGCAGUUGCCAGAGCCUCUUACGGAGCCGCAGCAGCGGCUCGCUGAGCGGCUACUGCAGCUGCCGAGACACCUCAUUAGCGGGGAGGCGCUAGAGCGAGACUUCGCGGCCUUUGUCGAGACACCGCGCGCAAGGCAGCAUGCUGAGGAGACGAUCUGUCUGUUGCUGCAUGCCCAUGUCCUGACGCCGCACCGCAGCCUGUUGCAGUUACUCAUGCAUUUCAACUUUCAUACAGCUGCAGCGUGCAGCUGCUGCUCUCCCGGCUUGCGGGAGGAGGAUGCAGCCUUGUUACUGCAGUGGCGGCCGCAGUUACUGCAUGUACUGCUGCAGCACGCGCAACACUUCAGGGCUUCUGUGCUGGCAGAGAGCCUGCUGCACCUGCAACAACAGCAGCAGCCGAAGCAGGGAGAUGUUAUCGAAUUGCUUCUAAGGCAGCUUGUUGAGUGGCUGCAGGAGCAGCACUGCAAUGAAAUCGAAACGGAGCAGCAGCAGCAUUUACAUGGCCUACAGCUACAGCAGCAGCAGCAGCAACAGCAAAGAGAGCCACCCAUACCUCUGCCAGUGCUUCUGGACGUUGCUUGCGGGUUUGUGGAUGCAUUUCUUCCUGCGAGUCUCUACCCAAGUGUGGAGCAGCAGGAAGCAAAAGAGCUGCAGAAGCUGCACGGUCUAUUACGCCUCCUGCAGCAACAGAUAAACUUGCUGCAGCAGCAGUAUAGCAGACAGGAAGAAUUGAAAAUUGAGGGCAAGAUUGUUGCUGCGCUUACAUCCAGACUGACGCCUCAAGAACUAGGAGAAGGCGAGCAGAGAGGCCUUGUUUCAAAUAUGCAAUCUCCGCCUCUGAUUUAA